GUACCAAAGCUUUGAGGGAGGGAAAGAUUCAGCCUGAUGUAUGUACUUCUCAAGUGUAAUAAUCACAAUCUUGCUUAGGACAACACUAAAUUGGCAACACGUCUAGCCGAUGUUUCUCUUGGAGCUCAUGAAAUAGGCACAUUCUCAAGCAUCACAUUGCGAGGCAAUGAGUUGGCGAUGACACACCUGUUUGCCAAUGCAAUGAUAUUGAAUGAUCCUAUACUGAACUCUACCUUGCUUGUCGGUUUCUAAUUUGAUAUGAACACACCCUAAUUCAUGGCAUCAUUGAGGAACGUCUCAUCUUACAAAGAGUGAAGAUAUUGGAUUUAUGAAUCAGUGUUGAUUUCUUUCUUUGUGAACUCACCUCCAGCCUCAUUGGUAGUCAAUGGUGCACUCACAUCAGAGUAGGACAAGGGAAAAUCGCUUUGGGAUUGCAUUGAGAACCUUGAAAGAGUCUGACUCAAAUGGUCUCCAGGGACCAAAACGUUACAGACGGACAGAGAUCAUUGUAUGCUUCAAAGUACUUUGAAUGGGAAUAUUAAGUGAGCAUUGAAUCACUCCAGGCUGUACAUCCCUUUGAGAUUUCUAUGUUUGAGCUGAAAUACUUCAACAGAUGCUCUACAAAACUUGCUUGUUUCUGCUUCAACAUCAUUGAUAGGGUCUCUUGUCUACAAUUGAUUCUUCUUUGUUCAUUCAGCAUUUUAAAUAGAUUAGAUUAAUAGAAGAAAACCUUGGGGAGGACAGCCAAUUGUACAAUUGCAAAUAUCAUGAACAAUAUUGUUGAUUUCAUUUUACAUUGAUCAGCAUAUAAUGAUUACCACUAUUUUUCUUUACUUGAGAACAGUCCCUGCACCAACAAUGGUAUUUUGAGCCAUGAGAAUCUUUAAAAUCAAGUGUCCCUCCAAUUGAUUAGAAAUAAAUCUGUUUGUCUCACCAUCAGUCUCCCACGCCUUACCCAUUUUCAACAGGAUCUCUUGGAUUUAUCAGGAUCUAUAAUUUGGAUAUAUCACAAAGAUUCUGUCACAGCUGCAAGACAAUCAAUACUGGGUACUUUUAAGGAGUAGUCUGUGAAAACUUAUACCAGGUAGUAGAGUGAGACAAAGUGUGAUUUUUUUCUGUCUUUUUGCAAGAAACAUGCUUGAAAACCUUCUGAUUGAUGUCUUUGUUGCUGGAAGGUUAUUAGGAUAAGCAGAGGUGAGCUAAGAUUGAAUUACCUGCGUAAUUGAUUUGGAGAGGAGAGUUGUGAUCAUUGUAUACAUCGUACCCCUGGCAUCACUUGUAAGGAAGAACCCUGACAGCAAUCCUGAGCACAGUGCAUCCUGGGAUUAAAUUUCUUGAUUGACAUCUUAUACUUUACAUCUUAGAGCCUCUCUUCAUUUUCUCUUCAAAAGUGAUACAGCCUGACCACAAUGAUGAAUUACCUUCGCCGAAGAUUCUCAGACCCUAAUGCAAUGACCGGCCUUCCUGAUGGCUACUUUCAGAACUUAGGCCGAGAGGAAGUAGUUGAGAAGCGCACUGCCAUCAGUACAUCCAAUAGCCCUACUAUGCCUAGAAGAGACAAUAGCAUGGGGUUCUUGAGUUCUAUUGCACCAAGACAGGAGAAAGGUAACCAGAAGAUACUACUAGUGAUUGAUGACCCUCAUACAGACUGGGCCAAGUAUUUCCGAGGGAAACUAAUCCAUGGAGAAUAUGAGAUAAGAGUUGAGCAGUGUGAGUUUUCUGAGUUAAACCUUGCUUCGUACAGCGACGCUGGGGUGACUGUAGACAUGCGAGGAAUCAGACAGGGACAAAGAGUUGUCAGAACAUUUAAGCCUGAUUUUGUCUUGGUACGCCAGCAUGCUCGCAGUAUGGAAGUACAGGAAGAUUGGAGAAACCUUGUGAUUGGAUUUCAGUAUGGUAAUGUGCCAAGUGUAAACUCAUGGCAAGUAGUCUACAACUUCAUGGACAAACCAUGGGUGUUUUCACAGCUGAGUACUCGCCAGGAGAAGCACGGCAAGGAGAAGUUCCCUCUCAUCGACCAAGCUUUCUUUCCUAAUCAUCGGGAAAUGGUAAGUAUACAGGGGAUAAAGAAAGCAAUUUAA